CAAUAACUUACCAACUUAUGAUUAUUGACUUUUCAUUGAACGAACAGGAAUUUGGUAACCGGAAUGAGAUUCGGAUUCAAUUCAGUCAUCGCUAACCAAUGACAUCAGGAGCUUAUUCAAUAUAUCACCAUACCUUAGUCGCAUUGCUUUCCAUUUUCCUCCGAAAUUGUUUAUUAGCAGUCCUUUCUUUUCGUUCCGUCAGCAUCCAGUUCUUGGUAGGUGGACAACACAUCUCUUUCCUCUCGUAUUAUUAUUAUACAGUCGAACCUCCAUGUGCGACCACCGUCUUUCGCAUUUUGUAACAAUGAAUUCCUGCUAGCUGAAAAUCCUUUGGGCAGCUUUUUCGGACAAAUAUUGGCCUUAUUAGGUACCUGUAUUUGACAAAUGAUUUGACAUGAAUUAGCUUAAGUGAGAAAAGGGUCGUCUUUUCACAAGAGGACCCUAAAGGUGUCAAAAAGAAACUAGGCCUUAGGUCCUGGGAACGAAGAGGAAUUCGCUUCCCAUAUCCUCUCUUUUUUACCAGACCUUUUUACAAGGGCCGGUCCGGUAUGAGAUGUUAGUAUAAGUUCGGGUAGUACAGUAAACAUGUUCAGAACGGAAAAAGUACUUUUAAGUAUUUAAAAUUGGAAAAAUUAAAGUUGACUCCGAUUAUGUAUUGCUUAUUCCAGGGCGACUUUCUUUUAUCAGAUCUUGGUGUUUGACACUGACCUUAUUGGUACGAAAGCAACAUGGAGCAGUCUUUGGUAUUCCUUCCACUGCUACUUUUGGCCGUCAUUAGCGUAGGCAACGCGGAAAGAGCCGAGGUAAAAAUAUAAAAUAUGUUUUUUCCUUUCUUAAGUAGAGGGUCCCUUAAAAGGCGUUAGUGAAAACGUUGGAUGGAAGUAAUAUUCUUGACAGUGAGAAACAUUGCAAGCAAAAAAAUGGUAUUAGAAAAGUAGGCAGUCACUCUAAUUCUUAUCUACAUCUGACGUUAAAUGCAUGAAGGCACCAACAAAGGGCAAAAUCUAGUGUGACUAGUGUAAGUACAAAGUUUAUACGACGGUCACUUCAAGUUUUAAAAAUGUAAUUAACGGAGAAGCGCGGAGAAAGCUUGAGGUUUAUAUUCCAAACAAGACUUCAAGUCCUAUGGUAGCCCCGGAAAUGACGAAAAGAAGUCAAUUUUCAACUUUGCAAACACCGUAUAGAAGUGAACAAUAGCGCCUUAAAGUAGUCUUAACUUUUCACUCAUACUGCCGGUUACUGUCAAUCAGAAAUUAAAUAUCACGGCUCUGUAAUAAAUCAAAUGCUUUUAAUAUCACCAUAUACAAUAGAACCCCGACAAUUUUUACUACUCGGAUAACUCGAGUUCUCCGCUAACUUGAAGUAAUUCCAAUUUCCCUUGGAUUACACCCAUUUUUCAGUCAUUUUUACUCGGUUAACUCGAACUCGGAUAACUCGAAUUCCCCGCUAACUCGAUUGAACUAAAUGUCCUUUCCCUUGAUCAAAAAUUCACUGAAAGUCACCCCGAUAACUCGAAUGCUGGUUCUUGUACCUUCACUCGUGUAUCAUGCAUCCCAUUAGCUCUUCUUUUUGUAAAAGCAAUAAAACUAACACUGGUCAGUGGUCAACACUACAGCAAUCCUCCAGCCAAUCCUUCGUCAUCUGACUUACAUUGUUACCAGCCGUUGUUACACAGACGAACCCCUGUAACUCGAACUCUGAAGGGAAACGAUAUACAUUUCAUGUUAGAAAAGGCUGGAGUUAUCGGGGUCGAUUGGAAAAUUCAUUUUGCAGUCUUGAAAAGUGAUGGUUACUGAGUUUUCAGCUCUUCAGUGUAUAGUGCAGUGCAAAUUUAACUUAUUUCAUCAGAAACGGUAACAUGAUUAGGCUUUUUUUUAUAAAACGUGACCUGCUCGUUGCACCAAUUAAAAGUCAAAUUUAAAUUAAAUCCAGUCAGAGACGGUGAAUUAUUUUGAAUGAAUAAUGAGUUAGCAUAAUUAAGAUCUUUUGGAAAUAUCUCCAAAUUUCUCAUCAUAUUUUACACAGAGACGGUGGUUUUGUCAUCGUGGUCCCCCUGGCCACCGUGGACCGCCAGGACAUAAAGGACAUCCCGGUCCUCGUGGUUUCCCUGGUCCACGGGGUCCUCCUGGCAUCCCUGGAUCUUCAGGAAAUAAACGACGAUGGAAGCAGUGCGUUAAAAAAGACGUUGGAACAAUUAAAGUAAGAGCAACAGUAACUUUUUCUUUUUUUGCAAGAAGCAGUAUUUUAGAGGAAGGAUGACCCGCGGGUAGAGUGCUAGUCUUGUAAUCCGGAGGCCUAAAGUUCAAGUCCCGCUCUGACCGCUAGCUGGAUUUGUUUACUGUAGUCCAGAGUUCGAAUCCUCGACCACGCCAGUGAAAUGGCGAACUGGUUCGAUCGCCUGCUACUAGUUGGGGCUCUUAACUGUGUUGUGUUCCAUGUUUCAAUAUCCCCGAAAAGCCCCAUACUAUAAUAAAGAAUUUAUUUUUAUUGAUUUGAUAAGGACCUAUCUCGUGUAGAGGGUGGCUGGAUUACGCAAACACCAGCUAGUUUUCCUGCCUUUGGGAUAGUCAAAAGGACGAUAAUUAGAAAUUUUUAAAGCUAAAAAAACCCUGGUACCAUGGGGCGUCUAUGGGCUGCUAAUGAGUGUCACAGAACGAAAAAUGUCCAACACGAAAUUCGUUCUGAGAGUCAGUUUAACCCUUCGAUGACUGCUUUGGUCGUUUUCGUUCCAUGUGGAACGAUGCAUAUUUUCCUUCCUAGACCCAUUUAGCUUUCAGUUUAAGUUAAUAAAUUGGUACGCAACAACGUCAGCAAAGAUAGAUCUUUCCCGCGAUACCUCGUUUUAGAUAUUCUGACCAAUCCUGACAGAGUCACAGUCUAAAAAAGAGGUAACAUUUUGGGGAAAAUCCACUGCCAAUUUCGCAGUCUACAUACUACUCGUUGAAAAUUAAAUUUGUCCCUUUCUUAAAAAGUUAGCUUGCCACAAUUCCAUGCAAAAGAAAGACGAUAAAGAAGGCAACAAAACCGCCGAUAAAGAAGAAAGGUAAAGGAAAAUAAGAGAGUGAGGAGAAAGAUGGAAAUAGAUUCGCAAAAAAAAUCCAAAUUUUGGCUUUUGCGCAUGUGAAAAACAAAAAAGCUGUUUAAUUACGUGAGAUUAGUGGGAAAAUAUGCCUUCUUUCUUGGAAAACUCAUUUUUAGCGUUCUUAUGCUCAUUUCAAUAUUGAGUGAUCUGCUUUUCAUGAACUUUUGCUCAUCUCAGUCCAAAAAUAAAAAUUGGUUGAACUUAUACAGUAACCAAGGGCGCUUUCCAUUUGUCUGAAAUGGCCGGCGAGACCCUUCCCGAUGUAAUGAGAAUUUCACUAUUAAUCAAAAAUAUCCAGCCAGAUUAGUCAAAUCCUAAAUAGUGCAGGAAGGAGGUGGUUUUUCGGGAAAAAUCCGAUUUCAUUGUCAAAAUGAUUGGUCCGGUUCUGACAAAUGGAAAGCGCCAUUAGUACUCCGACUAAAAUGCUGAAGAUCCUCCUGAACGGCCAUUUUUAGCAAAAUUACUCAUUUUUCCUCUAGAUAGAAAUAGUGAUAGAAAGUAAGGACUAAUUCCUGCUUAAUUUCCAUUAUACCAUAUAGGUCUGCGACUUUGUGAAAGAAAAAAAGGAUUCCUUCCUUCGGGUUGUGUACGUAGGGAAUAUUGGCUGCACCCAUUGCUGCAAAAGAUUUUUCUUUACUUUCAAUGGUGAGGAGUGCAAAGACCCAGCUGCAGUUGAUGGUGCCUUGGAUCAUACUCCUAAGGAACUGAGUAUUCGACCUGCUAACAUAGAGGGUUACUGUGGUAGUAUCGCCAAUGGUAAAGUGAAAGUUGAGUUUCAUGUUCGUGAUUGUGAUAAAGGGAGCGAAAACCAGCUCCCUUUUCCUAAAAAAGUUCAGGUCAGCAGGAUCAUUGUUGAAGAAGUGGACAAACCUCAGGCACCACAUUAAACGCAAUUAGUCGCCGUCUUGUUGGAAGCUCUAGUUAGAAGUGCUAUCAAGAAACUAGUUUUUCGUUGCACUGGACAAGGGUAACGAAAGCUGGAAGGCGAGAUUGGUUCAGUUAAAAGCUUGUUAAGUACUGCAACUUACGCUAUCCUGCGUGUAGAGAUUAAAGAAUGUGUUAUUAAAGCUGAAUAAACUGUGAAUUGUGGAAAUUAAUUACUGUUUGUAAAUGGAUUAAAAUAUAUCGAGUGUCUAAGUACUUGUGCAGCUAUCAAAGUGAACCACAGUAAAGUCUGUUGUUG